ACCCCGGCAGAGCGUCAAGCCGCCGCCCUCAGCCGCCUCCUCGCUCACCCUGAACGCGAGGUCCGCAUCCCAGAACGACCUCAGGAGGGCGUCACAAAGUCGCUCCGCGCUCCGAGGGACAUGAUGAAGAACGUCCAGGGCUCGAGUGCAGGCGCCGGCAGCGGCGAGUUUCACGUGUACAAGCAGAGUCGCCGCCGCGAGUACGAACGCCUCAAGAUCAUGGACGAGCAGGACGAGUUUCGCUCGAAAGCCGAGGCCAUCGCACGCCAGCAAGCCGCCGAGGCAGAAGCCGAGGCCAAGACGGCCAAGAACCGCCUCAAGCGCCAGCGCAAGAAG